UUUGGAUAUUGCAGAUAUAAAUGACAACAGCCCAGUGUUCGCUGCAGGAGAGAUACAACUAGAUUUAGUCGAAUCCACAGUUCUGGGGAGGCGCUUCCCGCUGGAGAGCGCACACGACCCCUGAUCUAGGAACCAACUCAGUCCGUGAAUAUAAACUGAGCCCGAAUGAUCAUUUUGCACUGGAGAUGAGUACCCAAAUAAACGGCAAUGCUUAUCCGGAACUAGUUCUAAAAAAGGCCUUGGACCGGGAGGCACAGGCUGAACAUGUACUGAAAAUCAAUGGAAUUGACGGGGGAAAUCCAGUCAGAUCAGGAACUGCAUCUAUCCAUAUCCGUGUUUUGGACGCCAAUGACAAUGUCCCAGUUUUUAGCCAACGAGUUUACAAAGCCUCUGUGCCAGAGAACUCUGCCAUAGGGACCGUCAUAGCGAAGCUGAAUGCCACGGACUCAGAUGAAGGCGUUUACGGAGAAAUAACAUACUCUUUCAGCCACCUGUCAGACAAGAUGGGAGGGGUUAUUGAAAUCAAUUCUCUGAGUGGAGAAGUUCGGCUGGCUGGUGUCAUUGACUAUGAAGAGGCUAGUACGCACGAGCUGGAUGUCCAGGCUAAAGAUGGGGGUGGCCAGGCGUCUCACUGUAAGCUUGUAAUUGACGUCAUUGACGUAAAUGACAAUAAACCCAUGAUAGAAAUAAAGUCAGCCUCUGCUAACGUGGUGGAAAACUCUAAACCAGGAACUAUGAUUGCUCUGAUUAAUAUUUAUGACCUGGACACUGGCAGCAGUGGGCGCGUCACGUGCACAAUCCCAGACGAUGUCCCAUUUAAGUUUGUAUCAGAGGUAAAGAACUAUUACAUGUUAGUGACUGACGGGAUACUAGACAGAGAACUUCAACCCGAGUAUAACAUCACAGUCACUGCCACUGAUGCAGGCUCCCCCUCACUAUCCAGUGUAAAAGUUUUAACCAUCGUGGUCACUGAUAUUAACGAUAACCUCCCGACUUUUACGCAGAGCGAGUACAAUGCCAACAUCUUGGAAAACCAACCCGUUGGCACGUUUGUGAUGAAAGUGAAAGCUGAGGAUAUUGAUGACGGAUCGAAUGCUAAAGUACUGUACCAAUUAUCAAAGGACACAAAGUCAGAAGUGUCCUCCUUCAUCACCAUUAACUCUGACACAGGGAGAACUCUUCACAUCACGCCUCUUUGAUUACGAACAGUCAGUUCACUUUCAAAUUAAGGUGACAGCUCGAGAUGGAGGCGACCCUCCACUCUCCUCCACCUGCACUGUUAACGCUUUUAUUAAGGACCAAAAUGACAAUGCACCUGCUGUUCUAUAUCCUGUCCAAAC